GUUCUCGGAGGUAACUAUUUAUCUUCUCACCGCUAACCCUUUCUUUUUCUCUUCAUCAAUAUCGCAUUUGUGCCCCAAUUUCUCUUCUAUUACUUCGUUCAUUCCUUCUUCACACAUCUGUUUAGGGUUUCCAUCUGAUUUCCUUUCCAAGUAGCGCACAUCCUCGAUCUGAAUUGUGUAGAGAAAAUCAUGGUGGACGCAGCAGAACGUAGGUACUUGGAGGAUGAGGAUACCCCACUCAUGAAAACUAUCAAGGGUGCAACAACUGGUUUGGUUGCUGGCACUAUCUGGGGUACUGUGGUUGCCACCUGGUAUGAUGUCCCUCGUGUUGAGAGAAAUGUUGCCCUUCCAGGGCUGAUUAGGACUUUCAAGAUGAUGGGCAACUAUGGUUUGACCUUUGCUGCCAUAGGAGGAGUCUACAUAGGUGUGGAGCAGUUGGUGCAGCAUUAUAGGAUGAAGAGGGAUCUAGUCAAUGGAGCUGUUGGCGGAUUUGUUGCUGGUGCAACUAUUCUGGGUUACAAAGGAAGGAGCAUCAAAACUGCACUCUCUGCCGGAUCGGCAUUGGCAUUCACAUCUGCAUAUAUUGAUUUGGGUGGUCAAACAUUAAAACAUGACGAGGGGAAGGAGUAUGCCGCUUACACAACAAAGAAAAGAACCAGCGGUGAUGAGUAAUUAUUAAUUUAUGCACUUUUAUGACCGAAGACGUUUCAAAUUAAUAGGAAAGAGUGGAUCACUCUUUUGUAGACCCCUCUGUUUGUUGAAUUGGAAUUUCAUACUUCGCAGUUUUUUCCAUAUUGCUGAACCGGUUGAAUUCCAAUAAAUGUCCUAUUCUGCUCUCCGUAAAACCACUAAUUAUCAGAGGUUCUUCCUUGAAGAUAGUUUUGAGAUUCUCAAUACAAUGACAUUCGGAGAUGAUAUUUUUAAAUUUGUAUUUAAUUGUAUUUCAAAUGUUGUUGAA